AAGUCAAAUAAAAACUUUAGACAAUGGGAAGUGCCAGCUCGCUCGUUUUAGAAUUAAAUUCAACAGGCAUCGAACCCGUUCUUAAGAAUAUUGAUUUCUCAAACCUUGGCGACUGCGGCAGUAAAAUAUCAAAUAAUGAACCAGUGGCGCCUCCACGGGUUCUCUUACUACAAAAUCCUAACCAUUUAUGUUGGCUUAACUGUAUUCUCAACAUUCUGUACAAAGCGACAAGUCUUCGAAAGAUGUUUUACACGUGGAAAGAAGACAACUCGAUUUGUUAUCAACUUGCCAAGAUUUUCCAAGGAGUUGAAGACUCGGCGGAUCCGCUUCGAAAGAUGCUAACGAACCACGAGUUCCACGAAAAGGCGCAAGAUGUUACCGAGGUCCUUCCUUGUCUCUUGGAGGACUUGAAGAUAAAAACUACGCAGAAGGAAGUAACAUUCUGCAAUAGUUGCAACGAGAUUCGUAACAGAUGUGAAGAAGAUGAGUUGACAAGAUGUCCAUUUUGUGGAAACGCUGAGUUGACGGAAGGAAAGCUAAUGACACAUAUUGACUCAUGUUUUGUGAUCACAGGGGACCAAUUUACAAUUUUGAGGCCUAAUGAACAUUUUAAAAUCAAUUCAGUCAACUAUAGGCUGAAUGCCUUUGCACAGUACAUUGAAUCAAUGAACAACGAAGAGGACUGUGGGCAUUACGUUUCAUGGACUCGAGAAUUAAAAAAGGAAGGAAAUUUCGAAGAAACAAAGAACCCGAAUACAACUACGAAAAAUAACAAUGUAGAGGCUAUUACAGAAAUUCAAAAGGAUCAAGCUGAACACGCAAAGGACACUAAUAAUAAUAAUAAUAAUAAUGAACAUUUACACGAUGAAUAUAAUAUAAUUCAAACAGAAGAUAACAAUGAAGAAGAAAAACACUAUACCGAAUAUUCGAUUGAUCAAGAUUUCGAAUGCAUUGAUGACGAUAAACAUUACAGUGGGAAGCAUUCACCAGUUGAGAAUAUGAUAGUCAACUUUAUUUUAUUGGAGAGAUGUUAA